AGCUCAAAUUCUGCAGUGUUACUCAUUGUGACUUUGAAACUGUGGCAAGUCUCCUGUGUGUUAAUAAGAUUGAUGGUCUAAAGAAGCAUGGCUUACUUUUGGAAAAUGCCUUUGACACAAGAUGAGUUACAAGAAGAACAAUCUGAGGAACAAGCGUCUUACUCAAUGUAUCAUUUUAAUCCUGAUAGCCAAGUCAGUCUAGGACUUGAUCAAAUAGUUGGUGAAGGCAGCAGUGAAAUACCCUUUUAUGGUCCAGCAUAUUCACAUGACCUUGAAGAAAAUGAUUUUUUCUUGGAUGCAGCAGAAGAACAUUUAUAUGGAAUAAAUCCACCUCAAAUUCCUCAUAGGGAUCUUUACUUUGGAAGCCCCACCUCUCACUGGCAGCAAGUCAGGGUGCCACCAACAAUUGGCUUCAGACCUUCUUUGCUAUCAGGAUGUAGUGACCUCUCAGUUGAGAAUUCCUACCCCACAUACCCCAUUGGAACACUUUAUGACUAUUGUCCACAUGGAGGAAAUAACUUGAGUCCAACUGCAGAUGAAUUUGGGUCAGAUGUGGAGAAAGAGAAUAAAAAUCUGAAUUUCUAUAUAGGCUUUGAACAUAUAGACUAUCAAUAUCCCGUUUUCUCAGACGACAAUGCAAGCGGACAAGGAAUGAAAGCUAAAAGGAGAAAUGACAGUAAAUCUUUCCUUGUGAGCUCUGGGGAAACAUACUUAACAAACCUACCUAGAGAAUUGACCACAGGACCUGUCUGGACCAGCAUCAGCUCUGCAGACAGCACAGAGCUUGCAGGUUGGUCUAUCCAGCUGGUUGAAGUGAAUCAAGGGAGUAAUGAAAGUAUUGCCUCCUUUUGCAAUGGAGUGAAGAAAAUCAGAGACGCAUAUCCUGCUUUUGAUUUGACAACAAAUACUGGGAAGAUUUGGAGUAUCACAACAACAUUAUCAGAUGAGAUCCUUUGUAAAUCAAAAUUCAAAGUUAGCAUUUUGACAAACUGUUCAUCUCCUCCACUGCAUCUUACACCAUGUGCUAGCUGUAUUGUCCGUAACUUAGUUGUAGAGAUUCUCCAUUGCACAAAUCAAUAUCCAGCCCAGGAAGAGUGUUUUCUAAGUGUUUAUGGGUCUGAUGAAUUUUUGCAAAACGAUCAUGCUUUGGGCAGUCAUGAGAGUCUUCGCAAGGCAACCACCUCCAUUCAGCUUCGUCUACAGAAAGGCACCAGCUAUCAGCAAAGUUUGGCUCGAACGCUUGAAGAUGACCAAAGUCAAUUUAAUGUGAACCAGCUGCUACAAUAUACAUAUAUUUGGAAGGUGUCCAGGAAGAACCUUGUUACAUUUAUUAUGAAAUAUGGAGGUCAAGUGGAAUAUCUACUGCAAAAUGAGCAUAAAGUGGAUAAAGUGAUUGAAGAAGCUAAAGCAAUCUGCAGCGUUCUCUGUUCUGUGGAAACCAGGGCUAUUACUGAUGCAGUCAAGAAACUCCGUUCAGUGCCACUGGGAAAAACACAGAAUUCACUUCAAAACGUAGAAACUCCAGUCAGAGUCUUGAUAGAGAAUGCUGUGACAGAGCUGUCUGCAGCCAUCUCCCAUCUCAUCCAAGUUUUCAGCAGCAGCUUUCACACAGAUUUUCAGCCUGCAAAAAUACUUAGAAGCCCUUCAUGUGCAGAUGUUGACCUAGAUCCCCACUUUAGCUUCACUGUUUAUGCAGCCCACAACAUUCCAGCAGCCUGGCUGAAAAGCUACAAGCUCUUCUCUUUUUCCUGUUCUUUAACUUAUGGUGGGAAGAAAAUAUGUCAAGUGAAGAACUGCAAAAAUAUACCAGUUAAGAAGUCUUUUUUUUUCCUGGCAAACUGGAAUGAGAAAAUCAACUUUCCUGUACUAAUAAAAUCUCUUCCUAAUGAAACAAUAUUGACAAUAAAACUAUUUGGAGUAAACAGUGUGUCUAAAAAUACAGAAAUACUGGCUUGGACAUGUUCCCCCUUGUAUCAAAAACAAAUCAUCCCAUCAUGCUAUACCACCUGCUCUUCCUGCUAUUUGCAUCAUUCUUCUAUGCAAAAAGAAAUGCCCAGUUAUUGCCAUCCUGUCUCCAGACUUGGUUCUAGAGACCUGCAAUCCAUAAAGUUCAUUCAUGGAACCGUGCUGCUUAGCAUGGCAUUAUACAGUGAGCCUCCAACAACCAUGAUAGCUCCGGGCAUUUGUGACACUAGUCUGCCAGCGCUAGUGACACUGCAGGUUGACUUUCCAGAUACUAAUUUGGAGUUUAUUAAACCUGACCCUGAAGAGAAAAGAGAUGACCUUGAAGAGCCAGUUAAAGAGUGCUUGAAGCAUAUAGCAAGACUUUCACAGAAACAUUCUCUCUUGCUGUUGUUGGAGCAAGAGAGAAGAUGUUUAUGGUUUUAUCGUUCCUACUGCAAUAAUGAAAACUGUUCCCUUUCUUUGGUACUGGGCAGUGCCCCCAGUUGGGAUCAAAAGAGCAUAUCAGAAAUGUACACAGUGUUGAGGGAAUGGACCUUUUCUAACCCUUUGGAGGCACUUGGGCUUCUGACUUUCAGUUUUCCAGAUCAAGACAUUCGCAGAACUGCAGUCCAACAAAUGGAAAAUCUGUCAAAUGAUGAAUUAUUAGAAUACCUUCCACAGCUGGUUCAGGUGAUCAAGUUUGAGUGGAGUCUUGAAAGCCCUCUUGUGAAACUUCUGCUAUGUCGCUCUCUGCAGAGCAUCCAAGUAACUCAUCGACUUUACUGGCUGUUAAAGGAUGCACAGAAUGAAGCUCAUUUCAAAAGCUGGUAUCAGAAACUACUAGCUGCUGUCCAAUUCUGCGCAGGAAAAACCUUAAAUAAUGAGUUUUCUAAGGAGAGGAAACUUAUCAAAAUUCUGGGAGAUGUUGCUGAAAAAGUCAAGGCUGCCAGUGAUCCCAAAAAACAGGAGGUACUAAAGAUGGAAAUCAACAAACUAAAGCAGUUCUUCCAGGAGGUAAAUGUUUGCCGGCUUCCCCUGAAUCCUGCAAUUGUUGUACGAGGCAUAGAUGCAGAUGCAUGUUCAUAUUUCACAUCCAAUGCUUUUCCAUUGAAAAUCUCCUUCAUCAAUACAGAGACACUGAGUAGAAACAUCAAUGUUAUUUUUAAGGUGGGAGAUGAUCUACGUCAGGAUAUGCUGGUUCUGCAGAUUAUUCGUGUGAUGGACAGAAUUUGGAUUCAGGAGGGACUUGAUAUGCAAAUGAUCAUUUAUAAGUGUUUAUCUACAGGAAAAGGCCAAGGACUAGUACAGAUGGUGUCAGAUGCUACAACUCUAGCCAAGAUCCACAGGGAGUCUGGACUGAUAGGACCACUGAAGGAAAACACAAUUAAAAAAUGGUUCAGUCAUCAUCAUCCUUUGGAAUCAAGUUACCAAGAGGCAAUAAAGAAUUUCUUUCAUUCCUGUGCUGGCUGGUGCGUUGUUACCUUCAUUCUGGGAGUCUGUGACCGACACAAUGACAACAUCAUGCUGACAAACGCUGGCCACAUGUUCCAUAUAGAUUUUGGAAAGAUUUUAGGUCAUGCACAAAAAUUUGGAAGCAUAAAAAGGGACCGAGCACCUUUUAUCUUCACUUCAGAGAUGGAGUAUUUCAUCACAGAAGGUGGAAAAAACCCACAGCGUUUCCAAGAGUUUGUGGAACUUUGCUGUCGAGCUUAUAAUAUAGUCAGGAAACACAGCCAAUUGCUCUUGAACCUGCUGGAGAUGAUGCUGCAUGCAGGGUUGCCUGAGCUGAACAGCGUCCAGGAUUUGAAGUAUGUGUAUGAUAACCUUCGUCCACAGGACUCAGACCUCCAAGCCACGAGCUACUUUACCAGGAAAAUAAAGGAAAGUUUAGAGUGCUUCCCUGUCAAACUCAACAACCUAAUCCAUACACUCGCACAAAUGUUAGCCACGGGCUUUGUCAAGCCUACAGAUUCACAGAGUGUUCCUCGGGAAUCCAACAUGCUGGAUGCAGAGAGGUCAAUUGCCCGAGCAACCAUUUUAGGGUUCAGCAAAAAGCCUGACUCUCUAUAUUUAGUCCAGGUGGUGCAAACCUGCCAAGUGGUCACCUUUGUGGAAAAAUCAUUCGAACAAUUUUCAAAACUUCACAACCAUCUACAGAAGCAAUUUCCAUCACAUACCCUCCCAGAGUUUCCCCACUGGUGGCAUUUACCUUUUACGGAUCUUGAACACAAAAGAAUGAAAGAUUUAAAUCUCUAUGUGAAGCAGUUAUUGAAUGGAUCCAGCAACCUGUCUAAUAAUGAGCAUGUCCUCGGCUUUUUCCUCGAUGGGUCCAAAACCGACUGGCUAGAAGAAUCUGCACUUGUUAGCCUAGGUCCUAAAUCUACUGAACAGAAACCUGGAGUGCAGUUAGUCAUAUCCUAUGAGAGCACCCACCUGACAAUAUUGUUGAAACAUAUGAGGAAUAUUCAUCUCCCAGAUGGCUCUGCCCCAACUGCACAUGCUGAAUUUUAUCUUUUACCAGAUCCUGAUGAAGUCAGCAGAAGGAAGACGAAAGCCGUUCCAAAAAGCACUGACCCUACUUAUAAUGAAAUUGUAGUAUACGAUGCAGUGACCGAACUCCAAGGACGUGUGUUACAGCUUAUUGUGAAAAGCAAAGGAACAUUUGUGGGAGCUAUCAACAUUCAGCUGAACAGUGUCCCAUUAAAUGAAGAAAAGUGGUACCCAUUGGGGAACAGUAUAAUUUGAACAUUUCUUUAGAUAACUGAAAUAUUCAUUUAUUAAUAUUUCUUUUUCCCCUUUCUCAUGGGCCAUUUUGGCACAUUAGCCGAAAUAUUUGCCUUUGAGAAUAUAACAUGCAGUAAACCGCUAACCAUAUAUACAUUGAACUACUAAUCACAAGAAAAUUAUCUCUUUUUCAUGAUCCGUUGCCAUUUAGCUGUCUUCAUAGGAUUACUACCUUUACUUGCAACAAGUUCCCAUUAGCCUGGGUGUAAAAAGGCUUGCAGCCUGCAAUUUCAGUUAUCUUGGAUAACAUUUCUUACGGCAACAAGCAAGAUUUUUGCUCCUGCUGAUCACUAUUAUUUGUAUACGGCUAGAUGUGUUUUAUGUAUCCCUAAACCUUUGAUGCUGGAGCCUUAUGCAAAGCCCAUUUAAGGCCAUGGCUACACUGGCACUUUACAGCGCUGCAACUUUCGAGCUCAGGGGUGUGAAAAAACACCCCCCUGAGUGCUGCAAGAUACAGCGCUGUAAAGCCUCAGUGUAAACAGUGCCGCAGUGCUGGGAGCACGGCUCCCAGUGCUGCAAGCUACACCCGUAGAGGAUGUGGAGUACGUGCAGCACUGGGAGAGCUCUCUCCCAGCACUGGCGCUGCGACCACACUUGAAACUUCAAAGCGCUGCUGCGGCAGCGCUUUGAAGUGCAAGUGUAGCCAAGCCCUAAGUCAAUCGUAGUUUCCCAAUGACUUAAAUGGGCUUUGGAUCAGACUAAGCUUAUUGGGCUGAAUUCACUCUACUUGAUGUCUGUGUAGUUAUAUCAGUUUUAAAUAUGGCCCAGUUAGUAUGAUCGCAUGUUCACCUGAUAGCCAGUUUGUAUUUAAAACUUCGAGCACAUUUCACAUUUAAUUCUUGCUCAUUUCACAUUUAAAAUGUAAUUAUAUGUGCAGAAUUUAAAAUCUGAACAUUUAAAAGAAUUUAAAACUAUACUGUACUUUAGUUAUAGUGUAUACCAUAUAUUUUUAAGUUUUAACUUGCUGAUGUAAUGUGACUUUGUAACUUUAAGAUCUGGGGCAAGAUGUUUCAUUUCCCUGGGUUUAUUCUGGAAAAAUAUUUGGAAAUAAAUAAAUUCUGGAAAAAUAUUUGACAAUAGACAAAUGUUAUAAGUUAGAGUUUGACAAAUAUUUAAAUCCAGUGCUCCACGUAGACUUUUAAACAUUUCCAAAAAUCAGAUGUAAAUGACUAAUAUAUUUGAACCAUCACACAGCAAGUAAAGGAAACAUACAAUAAAUAGUUACUCUGCUAAAAGGUUAAAUUAAGUAAGAUCAUAUUAUAAGACAUCUUUGUUCAUUAGUGUUACCCCCAUUGCAUGUUCAUGAUACAACAGGGAACGAGACAAUACAUACACAGCCUCCAAUCUUGUAAAGCCUUAUACACAUGCUUAACUUCAUGCAUAUGAGUCAUCCCAUUGAGUUCAGUGGGACUGGUUCACGAGCUCAGUCCUUGAAGGUGCUUUUGCCCAUUCCAGUGAAACACUUAAGCACAUGUUAAUUCCCAUUAGACUCACUGAAUUCCAUUAACAUCAGUUGCACAUAUGAGCCCCAUAUGCAUACGUUUAGGCACUUACAUACUGGUAUGUCUUUCCAGAGGCAGGGUCACAGGCUCGUAAAAAAAAAUAUUGAUUCAUGAUGUAAACAUUAAUAUUAUAACCUGUAUUUGGCUAGAGUUGAGAUUUCUCCUGCAAGUUGAAAAAGUGGCCGACAGUGUGAUAUACUGCCCAGAGUUGUAGGGGAUUCCUUUUUUCCACCCAAAGGAUAAUAGUUUUAAGACACACAAAUCAGGCUUAAGCAGCUUAUGAUAUAUAAACCUGUUGAAGUUGCAGUAUGAGUGUCAUUUAAGAAUAUCAUGAAUCCAAAUAAACCGGCAUUCUUCUCAUAUGCAAACAGAUUGGUUAUGUCAGCUCUUGGAACGGAGCCACCAUAUUUCCUGGGGAAAUUAAACUUGUCAGUAAGGAGAGAGAACCUGCUUGCGUAAAAACAUGAACAUGCCUCCUCAGUGCUGAAGAAAAAACAUAAAAUAUUUACCAUAUGAAAAAGAUAUUGUCUAUGAUACAAAUAUAAACAGUGCAAGGAUCAACAAGGCCAAAAUUUUAGAUUAUAGGUAUUCUAAGAUAAAGAAGCAAGUGACUUACCUCUCAAAAAAUGCAGAAGACAGAUCAUAUCCAGCUUUGAGUUAUCAAAUUACCUGACCCUAAAGUUCAGUAUGGAUUUCAGAUUCUUCUCAGUUUACUGUCUUGUUUUCUUUAGUUUGCUUUUAAUGUAAAUAUAUGUUUGCAAUUUUCCAAUAGUGUUAUUUCCUGUAACAUUUUCAAAUCUUUGCCUGUGGUAUGUGUACGGGAGAGUAUAAUUUUCCAUAUUAGAGAGAGACACAUUUUGUGUAUGGGGAUAUAUUAAUAAAAAUAACGUUUAAAAUGACAAUAAAAAUAAAAUCUAACUAUGAAGAUAAGCCAGGGAUCAGCAA